AUGCCGCACGCUAACACGCUAGCGUCUCCCACCAGAUUAUUAGGCGACGACGACCACGAUGGCAUCGGGUCGAACAGCUCGACCCCACCCGGCGCUGCCACCCCACGCCCGGAUUUCACCGACAAACGACUUCCCGGCAUCGUACAUAGCUACUUUGGCCAGGUUUGUGAUUCCCUUCCAAGCCAACCUUUAUCCCAGCCCAGAAAGCCCAAUUCCCUCGUUAUGGACCGCAGCGCGAAGCUCAACCACUGCACCACUCCCUCACCUACACCUGCACCUGAAGCCGAUAUCGCACCAGACUCGACCGAGAAGCAUCCAGCCAUCGCACCCCCUCGAACUUCCUCAUCCACAUCCACAUCCACUCAGAUUCCCAAGCCCGAUCAGAAAGUGCUAACUGAAGGCGCCUUGUCGCCAUCACGACAGAGCACGCCACCACACACCCCUAGAUCCCGCUCGCAAGACCCCAAACCGAAACCGGCCCACACCCCCUCCCACACCCCCUCCAUCCGUUCCUCCGCCAGCGAACCCGUUCCCCCAGUCCGCAACCCGACCGGCAAACUCGCCGUAUGCAUCACCGAAGGCCGAGGCCUACGGCCCAGCCUCGAUCCAUACGUCGUCUGCCAGUUUCAGUGGUCGGAAUACAUCUCAUCAGGCCCGAGAAAGGAUCCACAAGCGCGGAUGCGGGGAGAUGCCGUCGCGAUUCAACGGUCGGAUAGCAGCGACUCGACGAGGCCGAAGGCCAUUCCGAUGAAAAGCAGACAGAGUAGCAGUACGGGGAUGGAUGCGAGGGAGCUGCCGAAAACCACGAAAGUUACGGAUCCGAAGUGGGAUCAUGAGGGAACCUUCGACGUUGUAGGCGGGCAUUCGGAGAUCGACAUCUCCGUGUACGAUCGCUCCAAUCAGGAUGCGUUCCUUGGGCAUAUCCGAUUCUGUCCGACCCUCAUCGAAUACGAAACGGCACAUGACGGCUGGUUCACGCUGGAAGCUCGGGAAGGAGAAGAUGUCGAGAAAGUCACGGGAGAGAUCCAUCUGCGAAUCGCGUUCCACAAGGUGUCAAAAAGGCACUAUGGGCCGGAGGAUUUCCAGAUCCUGAAGCUAAUCGGAAAAGGCACGUUCGGACAGGUCUUCCAGGUGCGCAAGAAGGAUACCGGAAGGAUCUACGCCAUGAAGGUCCUCUCGAAGAAAGUCAUCGUGCAGAAGAAGGAGGUGGCGCAUACGCUAGGCGAGAGGAAUAUCCUGGUGCGGACGGCCAUGGCCGACUCUCCCUUCAUCGUCGCCCUCAAAUUCUCCUUCCAAACCCCCACCGACCUCUACCUGGUCACCGACUACAUGUCCGGCGGCGAGCUUUUCUGGCAUCUCCAGAAAGAAGGCCGCUUCUCCGAAGCCCGCGCGAAGUUUUACAUCGCUGAACUCAUCCUCGCUCUUCAGCAUUUGCACGACCACGAUAUCGUAUACCGUGAUCUCAAACCCGAGAACAUCCUCCUCGACGCGAACGGACAUAUCGCGCUUUGCGAUUUCGGUCUCUCGAAAGCGAACCUGACCGGCAACGCCACCACCAACACGUUCUGCGGCACGACUGAAUACCUCGCACCCGAGGUUCUUCUGGACGAACAAGGAUAUGGCAAGAUGGUAGAUUUUUGGUCCCUCGGCGUUCUCGUCUUCGAAAUGUGCUGCGGUUGGUCGCCCUUCUACGCGGAGGACACCCAGCAGAUGUACAAGAACAUCGCGUUCGGCAAAGUCCGCUUCCCGCGCGACGCGCUCAGCACCGAAGGCCGCAACUUCGUCAAGGGCCUGCUGAACCGCAAUCCGAAGCACCGCCUCGGCUUCACCGGCGACGCUGAGGAGCUGAAAGCGCACCCGUUCUUCGAAGACGUCGACUGGGACGCGCUGAUGAAGAAGAACGUCGUCCCGCCUUUCAAGCCGAAGCUCAAGUCCGAGCUCGACGUCUCCAACUUCGACCCGGAAUUCACCAACGCGCUGAGUAGCGGCGUAGGCUCGCUCAACGCGCGCGCCGCGGCCCUCGCCUCGGGCGUCAACACCGCGUCCACACCGCUGAGUCCGACGCUGCAGGCGAACUUCAAGGGCUUCACGUUCGUGGACGAGAGCUCGAUCGACAAGCAUUUCGACGGGCGGUUCCAACCGGACGCGCACGACUACGACCAGAUGGACGAGGGAGACGAGGACGGGGAUUGGGAUAAGGACUUCCCCGACCCGAAGCGCGGCGACCGGAUGAGCGGGGUGGAGCACGACGAUCAUCUCUUCCAGGGCGGGUUCGAUCCGUAA